CUCUGAGUGAGUAGUGUAUUAGAGCAGCAGUUCUUGAAUAGGAUUCCGUUUCAGGAGUGAAAACAAACCUCUUUAAAAGGAUAAACAGUUUUUUAAAAAUUGAUGAUGGAUAAACCAUCGGUGAUGGAAGAACUGCUUGCAGAAUGUAUAAUAUAUUGGCUAUUCAUACUGGGAAUCAUCGUGAGCUCCGUGGUGGCUCUACAUUACUACCUGUCCAAGAGAAGGUAUUACCAACUGGCCCGGAAGAUACCAGCACCUCCUGGGCUGCCGAUAAUUGGGCAUGCCUUCAACAUAUUAAUGGGGACCGAAGAGGCUUUUCGUAAUGUUUGGAAUACGAUGAGUGAUUGUGAUGUAUGUAAGCUGUGGUUGGGAACACGCUUAUUCGUCUUCAUUAAAAACCCAGCAGAUAUUGAGCUUGUUCUCAAUAGUCGAAUACAUCUAUGUAAACCUAGCGAAAGCAAUCUUUUAAAAACUUGCUUAGGUGACGGAAUUAAUACAGUUUCAGGUUGUCAAUGGAAAUCUUACAGGCAGCUUAUUGCUCCAAUGUUUCAAUGGAGUCAAACCUUCCAACCAAUUUUAAGAAAUUAUAGCAGGAUCUUGGAUGACAGGCUGUUAAAAAAUGUUGGUAAAGAUAUUGACUGUUACAAUUACAUGAGUGACGCCGUUAUGGAACUUCUUUUAAUUUCAAUAUUUGGCGAGAAUACCGACACAGAAGAAAGUAAGAAGUAUUUUGAGGCCAUUCAAAAACUAAAAGAGAUUAUCCGAUACAGACAGAAUAAAUUCUGGCUUCAUCCUGACUUAAUAUUCAACUUAACUAAAUACUCUAAGCUCCAAAAAGAUCUUUUGAGGAUUAUUAAUCGCUUUACAAGGCAGGCUAUAAAGAACAGAAAAAGAGCUUUAAUGGAACAAGGGUACGGAUGGCCGAAAAAUGGUUAUUUUGAAGACCAAAAUGGUAAUAUUGAGCACAACAAUAAUAUUACGACCUGUUUGAAAGAAGGUGACAGAAGCCCAUCAUUAUUGGAACUUAUGAUGGAAGUCAGCCAUAAUGGAACAACUUUGAUGGAUUCCGAAAUACAAAACCAAGUUGACGCCCUUGUGCUAGAGGGACUUGAUACAACAGCAUUAACCGGGAGCUUUUUUCUUGGUGUGAUGGCGGAUCGGCCUGACAUUCAGGAAAGAUGUGCAAUAGAACUGAGUCAAAUCUUUGGUGAUUCAGAUCGACAAGUGACGUUCGAAGACACACUUCAAAUGAAAUACCUUGAGAGAUGCCUAAUGGAAACGCUAAGAAUACACCCACCGGUUCCAUUUAUAACCAGGGAAUUGCAGCAAGAGCUGAGACUCGCAUCUACAUGCCUGACGAUUCCUGCAAACAGCACUCUGAUGGUAGACGUGAAGAAGCUUCACAUGAACGAAGAAUUAUACUCCAGCCCUGAUGUUUUCGAUCCUGAUAACUUUCUGCUGGAAAAGUGUGUUUCAAGGCACUAUUAUUCAUUCAUCCCGUUCUCAGCCGGUCCCAGGAGUUGUGUCGGAACGAAAUAUUCUAUGCUCAGCCUAAAAGUUUUGCUAUCUUCAAUACUGAGAAAAUACAAAAUUUUUCCUUCAAGUGGUCAAGAAAGUGCUUCGAUGAUGACAAAAGACACAAGAAGGACUGAAAGAUUUGUCAUUAAAAUGGAACAUAGAAAACGAUAGUUUUUCUUUGUUUAUACCUGUUACUUUAAAUCAUGC